GCAGUGGACGCCACUAGAGUAGAGACUUGACCAAAAGGUUUUAGCUGUUUCGAUGCAAGGUCAUUGGGCUGAAGCGAUCAUGUCUCCCCGUCCCGGUCUCUUUGCACAGAGUGGAGCGAGGAUUUAGCGCUGUCUCAGUGCUGCGUUCGAUUCAAGCUAGCCCCGACGCUCAUCCGGCUAGAAUUAGCAGCUGGAGUUGCCAGUAAUAGGAACGGCCUGCCUGGGCAAGGCGAUCAGCGCUCCAUGUCCCUUACGACACUGCGCUACCACUACAAAGCAUUUUUAGAGUGCUGCGAUAGGGGAUGAUGCUGCCUGCAGCAAGCACCUGCAGUGGACCUACGCCUGCACACGCCUCCUGUAGCUCCUGUAGCUCCUGUAGGGGGCAUGCCGCGCAUCGCAUCUGCUCGCCUGCCCGGCAUCUCUGCUCUCCCAUCAUCACCAUCGACUCGGCCGACGUCCACUUUUUUCUUGGGCAACAAGAACAGGCUGCUGCAGUAUAGCAGCGGUUCGGGGCUAGUCUCCCGCCGCCGCGAGCAAUUGGCACCCGCACUAGAUUCUGGCUCGUCAGACUCUUGUUGAGUAGCGCGGCCAGUACCCCAAGUUUUGGCGCCCGCGAUUUGCGCACGAACCGCCUUCAGGCUUCAGCCCAUUACCCACGAAUCCGACGGCCCUGGUGCGUGGUGCAGAUUGGCAGAUGCCCCCUUGGCUGGCUGGCUGGCGUCUUCUUGUCCAGAUUGGCCUUGACAUC